AUGCCAACUCUCAAUCUCAAAAAUAUCACCAUCAAAAAACUAGAAGACCGAAAUUUAAAUCCUUAUUACCUAAUCAUUAAUCAGGACAAUCCCGAGGAAGCUUUUUUCUGUUUUGAGAAAACCGUGAAAGAUGAAGUAGAGAUUGAGUUUACCGAGAAUGAGAAUAAUUUCAAGACUUAUCGGAAAGCAGAGGAUAGAAAAAAAGAAGAAAGGUUAGAUAUUAACUCCGAUGAAUUAGAAGGAGAAUUAAACCUAAAUGACUUUAUUAAUCUAGAAAUUCUUUUCUGUCAUGAUAAUAAAUUAACUAGUCUAGAUUUAACUAAUUGUAAAAAGUUAAGGGGAAUUGAGGAAUUGAAAAUAGGCAAUGAUGAAGAAUGCGAAGAGGAAACUAUCUCUAACAUCUACAAUCGUUUCUAUGGCAGCUUAAAACCCUUAAAAAAUUUGGUUAAAUUAGAGGUGUUAGACAUUAAUAACACUGAUAUUGAUAGUGGUUAUGAAUACUUACCUAGCGGGGUUAAGAAAGUUUACUGCUCUACUAAAGAAAGGGUAGAAAGCAAAUCUCAAGAUUAUGGAUUUUCUUGUUAUUUAACUAAGCAAGGAUAUACUCCUAAAUUUGACAAAAAUUAUCCUCAAGAGCAAAGAAGCAAAGUAGAAGAAAUUUACCUUAAUGAGUCUAGUUUGGAAGGCGAAUUAGAUUUAGGUGAUUUUACUUAUAAGUAUGGAAUAAAAAUAUAUAUUUCCUCCAAGGUAGAUGAGGCUAAACUAGUCCUAAGAAAUUUAUUGAAAAAUGCCAAAAUUAUUUUACAAGAUCCUCGAAAGUAUCUCCAACAAAAGUAUCCUACUAAUAAAGAAGAAAUAAUUUGUGUUGAAGAAAACAUUGAGGGAAUGUUAGAUUUAUCUAAUUUUGUUAAUGUGGAAGAACUAUAUUGCUCUUACAAUAAACUAACUGCCCUUAAUCUCAGCAAGUGUUACAAAUUAGAGGAAAUUAAUCUCACUUUGCCAGUUAAUCCGACUAAUUUAAGAAAAUUGAAUUUAAAUAAUAAUAAUUUUCCUGAGCGAGAUUUAUCUUUUUUGAAGGGUGUAAUUAGUUUAGAAGAACUUAUGUUAAAUAAUAAUAAAUUUACUGGUUCCUUAGAUUAUUUGAGCGAAAUGGAGAGAUUGUGGUGGCUUGAUAUCAGCAAUACUGAUCUAAACAAAGUCAACUUAGAUAAAUUACCUCAUAGUUUAGAAAAAUUUGAAUAUUCCACUAAGGAAAGACCAGGCUGCAAGUUGACUGCUAUUGUUCCUCGUCUGGAAGUACACAAGUGA